AUGGUGGUGCUGUGUGCCGUGCUCCUCCUGCUGGGCCUGGCCAAGAUCUUCCUCCUGGAUGGAGGUGAAGGAUCUGCAGCCAGCCGGCGGGACCUCAGAGCAUUUCGUAAGAUGGAGGCUGGUCUCUCUCUGGCUCGGGGCACUCACCUCACCCACACCCUCCAGUCUCCGUGGGAGAUAGCGAGCCAGUGGGUGGGCCCAAGAGAAGUGUACCCUGAGGAGACCCCUGAGCUGGCUGCGGUGCUCACCUCACUGAGCAGCGCCAGGAUAGAGCGAGCUGAUGUGGGCUAUAAGGGCACACAGCUCAAAGCCCUGCUGGUGCUCGACGGAGGACAGAAAGUCGUCUUCAAACCCAAGAGGUACAAGAGAGACUUUGUGGUUGAAGGAGAACCGUAUGCAGGUUACGACAGACACAAUGCAGAGGUGGCUGCUUUUCACCUGGACAGGAUUCUCGGGUUCAGGAGAGCUCCUCUGGUAGUGGGUCGAUACGUCAACCUGCGAACAGAAAUCAAACCUGUAGCCACUGAUCAGCUGCUGAGCACUUUCCUUAUGCAGGAUGUUCAGAAGGUGUUAGCGGUAGCAGGCUAG